AUGACCGCACUCGCACCCUUGCGAGCAUGUGCGAGCGUGCAUAGCUGCACCGUGCGCGCCCACGCCCUCGUCACCUCGACCCCGACCCGGCGUCGACGCAUCUCGACCUCGCCCGCCCCACCUCGCACCUACCUGUACGACGUCGACUGGAACGGCCAGCUGUACCUGUCCGACAGCAAGCACCGCAACGUCGCCACCGCCUUUCGCGACGCCCGCUUCCUGGACACCUUCUUCACCCGCCUCCGUCGCAACGACACCCACGAUGAAGGGUCAGCAGAGGCGCGACGGCUGCGCGCCGGCGGCUACGAGUUCGUCAGCCCGUGUCAGGGCGAGAUGAACUACCUCAGGCCCGACCCAGCAGGGUCCGGCCUCGUCUUUCAGGCUCUCGAGGACGGAGAGCUUCGCUACGCAGGCUUGCUGUCGCUGCCGUUCGACCCGCAAGCGCUGCGCGUCGACGCGGCGACUGGCUACCUCUUUCACCCUUCGCCGGCCGGCGCGCGCCGACGACGAGACGCGCCAUCGCGCUACGGGCCUUACUCGCUUCUGCGGUCGUCGCUCGUCAUCGAGCACUUUGCCAAGAGCCUCGAGCUGGACGAGGAGGGAGGAGGAGGCACGUUCGAGUACGAGGGCGAGGUGCACCGGAUUGAGCCGCUGCAGGACGGCGACGUCUGGCGACGGCAGGACUUGUAGCUGCGGCGUUGCCAUCGAGACGUACAUGACGAGUG